AUGGCGAUUAAUGGAGGGGGCGAGCUCGGAUUGGCCGGGCUCCAGCGGACUCCGGCUGCCUAUGCAAAUGAGGGAUGGGGCUCCGCAAUUAGCCGCUUCACUCCGCCAAAUGAUGUGUCUCCCCAGCACCAGCACCUCCUGCUAGACGCACCGAUCGCGGCGGUGUCGGCAGCGGCAGCGGCGGCGGUGGCAGCGGCAGUGGCAGCAGCUUCAGCAGCAGCGGCGUCGGCGGCAGCAGCGGCGGUGUCGGCGGCAGCAGCAGCAGCGGGCUCUUUUGUACGUUCCUUCCUUCCUUUUCUGGUAAUGUUGCCCAGGGCAUCGCUGGGGACUGACUCCAGACUCUAAGAUCUAAGUUGCUGCUUUCGCAGUCUUUCAGCAGCAGCUUCCUCGGCCUCUGCCUGUGGCCGCUGCUCUAGGGGAGUGCAGCGGCUCCCACCCGGAGUUCGAGCUCAUUAAGGGUCAUAGAGAUGGCAGCGAUUAGAGCUAGCGGCCGCUUGUACAAUGGGAACCCAAAGCAGACGUCUGUCUACUCGCAGAGCAAAGCCACAGGCAGCAACAGCGGCGGCGGCAGCAACGACGGCGGCGGCGGCGGCGGCGGCGGCGGCAGCGGCAGCGGCAGCAGCGGCAGCCGCAGCAGCAGCAGAACUAGCAAAGCAUCAUUGUCUUCAUCAGUAGCAGCUAGCUACUGAUGCCCAACAACCUUCCUCUUAGCUACUAGAAGGAAAGGAGAAUCUAAAUCCUGGACAGUUGUGAUAAUUACUAAAAUAGCAACAGCUUCUAAUUAAAAGAUUUACUCUUUCUCUUCUUGCAAAUGCCAUUGUGCUCAGACCUACAGAAAGACUACCCCCUCCACAAUCCCUACCAUAACCCCUGAAAUAAUGUUUUGGGUGGGAUUCCAGCUCUCAAAUUUCGUGACUCUUCAUUAAGGGUUCUUUUAUACAUGGAUCUCUGUCUUGGAAGUCCUAAAGGGUGUCACUAUUAAGUUCUUGCAAUAGGCUCCCUAAAUUAGAGAAAAAACAUACUUGGAUAUUUAUAGUAGAUUUUGUAGGUAGAAGUUAAAGUCUUCUGCUUUACUGACACAAAGCAUGAAAUCCAUUUCCUAGCUGUGUGAAUUUUCUCACAGAAAUCUCUCUUCUCCAUCUUUCCAAUGACUUUCUGUGCAAAAACAUGCAUCUGCAUCUUAGCCUCUUCCUCACUUGCUGAGACCAUUUGGGCAUUCAAACUGAUUGAGAGGAAGUCUGAAAGAUCAUGGAACUUCCAAAGGAACUUAAUAUAAUGAAUGCAAUUUGAUGGCAACAUUUACCAUAGAUAUUAUGUAAAAAACCAUAAUUAUAAUUUUUUUUGUUGACUUCAGACACUAGAAAU